GACAACCAGGACCACAACCGUCCCAUGGCUGAGCGGAGCGGCCGCGGCGGCCGGACGCGCGGCGCUUCCGCGCUUCCGAGCCCCGACUACUACGAGCAGGUGGCCCACCUCCAGCAAGGGCUGCGGGACAGCGAAAAGAAGAGAUUGGACCUGGAAAAGGAACUUUAUGAAUAUCAUCAGUCUGAUAUAUGCAGAGCUAAGCUGAAGUAUAUAAAGCUAAAGAAGUACCUGAAGGAAAUAUGUGAAUCAGAAAAGAAGGCUCGUAUUCGAAACCAAGAAUAUUUACAGCAGUUCGAGCGGAUCCAAGCUAACAUUACCGCAAGUUUAGAGAAGCUGGAAGAACUGAAGAUUGAAUUUGAGACUCAAAUUAAGAAGAUGCAGUUACUCUCAAAAGAUAGCCUGGGGAAAAAAGGUGAACUGAAAGAUGAAAACAAAGAAAAGGUUGUAAUGCCAGCAGAAAUUAACUCAGGGACAGCCAUGUCAAGAGGAUUGUAUCAACCAGCAACCAUCUUUAUGGGCCGCCAGAUGUCAGCUGUCUCAGGCAUUGCAGAUUUUACCACAGAGCGGAAAUCUCCCCAACCCACAAAGAACUUUUUAAUUCCUGACCCACAUUCACACCGGCAGACAGCCCAGAGCAGUGAUGUGACAGACAGCCAUGUAGUACAAACUCCUGGUGACACACAGUGCUUAAAUAAGUCUGACAAAAUAGAUGGAAAGACAUCUCUUCAGAUUGGUGAGAAAAUGCCAGUCACAGCCGGCGCAUUGUCUGAGGAGGAACAAACUCAUUGCUUUGAGAUAGGAAGCAACGCACGUCAGGGCAAGAGUAAUUUAUCUGAAGGCAAAAAGUCGGCCGAACUCCAUUCCCCGUUAUGGGAGAGAUUAAGUCCAGAGAACAGAACCACUGAUUUAAAGUGUGACAGUUCUGGGAGAUCAGAGGGAUCACAGGGAGAAGUACUGACACGGGAGCAUAUUGAAGUCGAGGAAGAAAGAGCCAGACCGCCAGUCUCUCCGCUGUCAGGCUCAGAAUCCUGUGCAUCUGAAAACGAGUGUCCUCAAGAGAAGCCCCCUGCCAGGGAAGCUUCCUCAGAUCACCUUCCUUGCGAGGACUCACUGUCACAGGAGCCCUUCAGAAAAAAGCAGGAAGAGCAGGAGGAGGAGAGUUUGAGCAGCAGCAGUGACCUCACAGUUUCUGUAAGCGAAGAUGAUCUGAUUUUAAAGAGUCCAGAACCACAGCCAAAUAUGGGAGACACAAUGGAGCAAGAAGAUGGAACAGAGACCUUAAAUGUAAUCCACUCUGAGCAAGAAAGAGAUGCCCCAUCCACCAGAAAACCUAACUGUAUUUUGCAAGUCCCAAGCACUCCUGAUUCACCAAAUGAGUCCUUCACUAACUUGCAAGCAAGGGAGUUUGAACAAGCACCAGCCUCAGGCUUAUUAAGGACACGAUCGGGUCAACAUAUUGCCACCCUGAAAGGACAUAAUACUUCUGUCCAAGAAGAGGAAGUAGCGAAGCUGUCUGAAGUUUUCCUGGUCAGUAAACUGGACCAGAGGACAAAGCCAACCGCGUUAUUGAAAAAAGAUCUCGUAGAAGAGCAUGACAACAGGUCGGCUGUUCACAGCAGCAAGUCAUCCUGCAGUUUGCCAUCUACUCCUAGUGACGAAAGUGGAAUAAGGAAUGAAAAACCCAUUCUGUGGCCCAAAGGCGUUACUACAGUGGAACAAGAAGACAAGAGCAGAGAAGAGAGCACAGAAGAAAGUGUGGCAGCGAGCAUGCCCAUCACAGAAACGAAAGCCUACCAGAGGCUGAAGCAGUCUGCUCUCCAGGGCAGCGCACACCAGGCCGGAGAUGGAUUCCGAGAGGCCACAGCCCCCACAUCACAGCCGCCAGGUUUGAAAACCGGCAGCGGGACAUUCAAGACAAAGACAACUCACAAAAUCGCUUCGGAAGCGAGUUUUUCAUCCAACGAAGGGAGUCCUUUGUCAAGGCAUGAAAAUGAAGGGAAGCUAACUACCAAUUUAAAGUCUAAAGGCUUCUGGAGCGAGUCUGAUGAGAGUAACUCAGAAAUCGAAGCUGCUUUACGUCCCAGGACACCAUAACACGUCCACCAAUGAUUUUGAUGAUUUUUAUAACUUUUGAG